AUCAAUCAUGGCGCCGGUGCGGAUGACUGUGUCUUUGGGAAUAAUUCUUCUAUUAGGAUGUCAUUUGGCUUAUUCUCUACCUGAUACCGACUCACCAAAACGCGAACAAUCUGAUAAAAUCAUUGAUUCAAAUAAUCCUUCUGUAAGGAAGGAAGAGCAUGACAAUGAAGUAGACGAACAAAGUAAUCAAGUGCUCAAAGCCCCUGAGAAGCAUACCCAGCGAUCCAAUGCUCCUGCUAACUCUGACGGUGAAGUAGACCAAAGAGAUAAAUCAAGGGAAGAGAAAAGACCAGAUGGAAAAAUUAGAUUUUCCGGAGGAAGUCAGAAGAUUGGUGGUGAUGAGUCACCAUGCGCUGACGAUAUCAGCCGACUUUGUCCACAAAUUCCUAAGGGAAACAACUUUGGUCUUCUGGUUUGUCUACAGGAGAAAGCAAUGGAAGAUGACUUGUCCUCAGAUUGCCAUCAUAUGCUUUGGGAAUUUAAAAGAAAAUUCUCUAAAGAUGAAAAGUUUGAACAGACAGUGAAAACUAGAUUUUGUGUGGAGGACUUGAAAAAGUUCCAAGACUGUCAGAAACCAGGAGAGAUUGUUGCGUGUUUGUUGGAAAACAGGCAGAAUCUUACAGUUCCAUCCUGCAAACAUAUGAUGACUAAAAUGCAGGCCAUUUUCUUCAGUGAUUUCCGAUUGAUCUCGCACUUUUUGGAGGAUUGUUCACCAGAUGUGAACAAAUACAAGUGUGGCAGAAUUCCAUCAGAGCAGGAGGAUGAGGAUAUCCACUCCCAAAAUGAUGUGUUAGAAUGUCUUGAGGAACACCAAGAUGACUUAUCGCAAGCAUGUCAGAAGCAGAUAUAUCGUCUUGCUGAACUGUCUUCAGAUGACUACCAUCUUGAUCGACCCUUAUAUUAUGCCUGUAAAGAUGACAGGGAGAGGUUUUGUGUUGAUGUCCCAUCAGGGGAGGGGAGAGUGUACAAAUGCUUGAAGAAACACAAGUUAGAGGAACAAAUGAGUGAUGAGUGUAAAGAUAAGUUGACAGAGAGACAAAAGUUAGAAGCUAAGGAUGCUAAGGCCAACUAUCCACUGAUGAAGAAUUGCUUGAAGUACUAUACAGAAUUUAGGGAAAAAUAUGAAUGUGAAAGAGGAAGUACAAAACAUGGAGCCAUGGCAAACAUUCUGAUAUGUUUGGAGAAAGCUAUACAAAAUGAUGAAAAAGUGGGUGGCAAAUGCCAGGCAGAAUUAUUUGAUCUGCGACAACAGUUGAUGACAGAUUACUCCCUCAAUCCUGAGAUUGUUGCUAAAUGUGACAUGGAAAUCAGAGACAGCUGUCAGAAAGAGGCAACAGUGAAGGAGGGAAAGACAAUUGACUGCUUAAUGGCCUUAGCAGAGGAACAUGAAGGGGAUGAUAGUAAGAUCAGACCACAAUGCUUCGCAGCAGUUGAGGAACUUUUAGAGGAAACUGGUGCAGGAAGUGAUUACCGCAUUGAUCAUACCUUGUACCAAGCAUGUGAACCUGUUGUGCAGACUGUCUGUAAAGAUAAGGGCAAAAAGGAAGGAGAUGUUAUGGUUUUGUCUUGUCUGAUGGAAAAUCUUCACACAGACAACAUGAUACCAGAAUGUGAGGUACAGCUGCUUCAUCUGGAAUUUUUCAUUGCAAGAGACUUCAAGCUCGAUCCUGUGAUGCAGAAAGCAUGCCAGGGUGAUGUCCAGAAAGUCUGUGGUGCUGAUUCCCUUGAGGACCAAGACUCGCAUCCAGUCAGCCUGAUUUUGUCAUGUCUUUAUCGACAUAUUGUGCUGGAUACAGACGUAAAGGUCUCCCUCAAAUGUGCUGCACAUGUAGAACGAGCCAUGCACCAAAGGGCUAUGGAUGUACGUCUGAUGCCUGAAAUACAAAGAGCUUGUGUGGUGGAUCUUGGAAAACAGUGCAGUGAUCAAGUUGAAAAAGGAGAGGAGAUAGAGUGUUUGCAGGAGAAAUUUGACAACCUCACUGCAACUUGCCAAAAAGCCAUUAGUGAUUUUACUGAGGAGGAGGGAGAGGACUACAAGCUGGACAGGGUUCUAGUGCGUGCUUGCUCUGGAAUGGUGACAAAGUUUUGUGAGGAUAUUGUAACCCAAGGUAACACAGAAGGAGUCCUACCAUGUUUAGUUGAACACAAAAAUGAUCAAGGAAUGGAUGAGAAGUGUUAUACAGCCAUUAACCACUGGCAACUGGUUGAAAUGAAAGACUUUCAUUUUUCCCAUGAAUUCAAAAGAGCUUGCAAAGAUGAUGCAAGGACACACUGUAGGGAGGCAAAGAGCAAACAUGACCUUGUUGUCUGUUUGAGUAAAAAGAUCCGAGAUGCUGUUAUUAGCGAAGAAGAACAUGUCAUCUCUGAUACUUGUCGCAAACACUUGAAGAUAGAGAAGGAGAUUGAGUCGGAAAAUGUCGAAUUUGAUCCUGUGAUGAUGGUGAAGUGCAUGGCAGAUAUUGCAAAAUUGUGUUCUAAAGUUACAUUUGGUCAAGCAAAGAUGUUGGAGUGCCUCAAAGACAACCGCGAACAGUUAUCUGACCAAUGUAGAGAGACAGUGUUCAAGCGCGAGGAGGAAGAGUUUGAAGACCCCGAUUUGGACUACAAACUGAGAAAAACGUGUCGGAAGAUGAUCAAACUGUUUUGCGAUGACGUCCAACCGUCCGAGUUAUUUUCUUGCCUCAAAAAGCACAAGAAUGAACCGGAAAUGGAGCGCAGCUGCCAGGAUGUGAUCACCAAAAGACAGAUAAGGCAAACGAAAGAUGUGAGACUCGAUCCACAGCUUGGUAAAUUUUGCAAGUUAGACAUCGGGAAAUUUUGCAAGGAAAUCCCUCGUGGUGAAGGGAAGAUUGUGGAAUGCCUGAAGAAAAGAUAUGAGUCGUUGUCUGACGAGUGCAUGGACUAUAUGACCAGGCUGAUGCGUGAGGCAGCACGUGACUACAGAUUGGAUCCAAAGCUCUCAAAAGAGUGUACUGCUGAUAUUAAGAAGUUUUGUAAUGGUGUUCCGCCGUCUAACGUGGAAAACUGCCUCAAAGAACAUUUAGGAUCAGUUGGAAAAAAGGAAUGUCGAGUGGAAAUAGUUCGGCAGAUGAGAGAAGGCCGCACAGAUAUACAAUCUGACCCUGUGCUAUACAAGGCAUGUGCAGUGGAUGUCAAACGUCACUGUUCAGAUGUACCAUUUGGACGAGGAAAAGUAAUGAAGUGUCUCUUGGAGGCUCACGACUCAAACCGGGCACGCUUUGACAGGGAAUGCCUGGCACACUUGACGAACAGAAUGAAGAUGUGGGAAGUAGCUGCUAGGGUUGCCCCGCCUGAAACCAUCGGUGAUCUUGCUGUUGCUAUCUCCGCUUCGCCAUCCAAGAACUACUUCUUCGUCAUUUUUGCAACUUGCUUAGCUCUUAUUUUUGUUGGCGGACUUGUGUUCGGUCGACUUUCCAAGAGAAUCAAAAGAGAGGUCAAGGAUCGCUGAAGGAGGAACCACAUGAACCUAUAUCACUAACAAACGCCAUGCCACUCCAACAAGAGUAUUGUUUUCUCAUGAAGGACUCCUGGACAUCAGAUUCCUGUACAAAACAGUAGCGUUCACUCCGUUAAGAAUAGUUAGGUCAUUGAUGGAAUCUACCAAUCAAAACUGUCUCAAAAUAAUUGAUUGAACUAUUUUAUCUCUUACACUUUUUCACGCGAAAAACCUUUCACAGUCACGGCCAAUUUUUUUUUUUUUUUUUUUUUGCGGAAAAUUUCCAUUGGUUACACAACCUGUAUAGGAUAAAAUGUGUUCUUUUAAUACAUUUGAUUUAUUUUGUACAGUAUCUUCUUUAUACCAGCCAUUAAAUUUCAUUUUUCACUAAAAGUAAGAGAAAGAAGCGCAAAUGUUAGUAGAUUAACCCAGGUGCAAUUCCAAGCGGUGAUGUUGGCGGGGAGUGCGUCUUUAGGUGGAAUGAAAGCUUACUAAAUCAAUAAUGUAAUUUUUGUUGGUUUUACAUGGACUCUUUUUGUAUCAGGAAGCAUGUAAUAAGGAACGCAUAAUGUAGAAUUUCAUUUCAGUUGUUAAGGACUCUUUUCUCAGUGCGAACGAGCCCUACGUUGGUGUCUUGCUGCGUGUAUCGGUGAACCUUCAGAUGAAAGAAGAUAGUGUUGUUGUAAUGAAAGAAAAGGGCUUUGCUGAAGUCUCCUAGAACUGGAUCAAUGGACGGUUUUCUGUUGUAGAAGGGCCGGUACAAGUCCACUGGAAAUAACACUUUAUUAUUUUUUUCUGUUGUUCCUUUCUUACAUUUCUGUCGCGGUGAUUUCUAUAGUCCAUGAAAAAGCUAGCAAUUACUUAACAUAAUGAUGAACCUUAGCAAUAAUAUGAGUGAAUUCAUCAUUGAAUUAAACCAAGAAGUAAAUGUGUGUUCGAAAGGUCUGUCUUAAACUGCAGUAGUAGUAGUGCUAUUGAAAUCUUUUGUUGCUCUCAUAGUCUUAAAAACAGAAGUUAAUUAAAACUCCGCGGAGGAGACCUAAUUUUAUGUGUUUGGCGAAAUGCAUAAAUACUGAAUAUUUAUGUUUACGUUGAGGGAAGGGGAGAAUCGCUACAAAGAUUAAGAUACAGAUAACUGAGUUCUGUUCUAAACUCGUGUAAUCAAUUUUCUCGGACAGUCACUUAUCGCCUCUGGUCCAAGUAGUUUGUUGUCGUGUUUAUGUAAGUAGUAAAGAAUUUAUUUCAUAAAACUGGACUUAAGAAAAAAAAUGUCUGUCUACAAGUGAAUUUAAUUGUUUGUCAAAGUCAAUCUAGAACACUGAGAGCUUUCCCAAUACCUCUAUCGAAAGAUCACCACCGGAGACCACUGAGUUGACAGGUGUGUCAACCCUGGUCUAUUAUGGGGCAUUUGUUCCGCCCUGAAGUGCUGUCAGACGGCACUUGAUAUAUUUGGGAUUUAAUAAACAAUAUUCUAUGCGA